AUGUAAGAAGACUUGUUUGAUAAAAAAGACUUUAAAAAGUUCCAAAAUAGAUUCUCUGUGCUUCCAAUUAAUACAAAACCUUAGUCAUUUAUAGAUGUGGUCAAUUAAGCUGUCCCAUUUUAUAAGUAAAUUGAUGAGUUAUUAAAAAGAGAUGUCGACUUUUCGAAUAAAAAAGAUGUCGAAAUUAUUACACGCCUUCUAACUUCUUCAGAGCAUUCUAAGAAAGAUUUGCAAGUUUUAAAGAAAGCUUUUGGUGAACUAAAAUUCUUCAAGGAAACAUAACAGAAUCUUCCAGCAAACGACUAUACUGCUUUGAUUAAUGAAUUAAAAUGCGAAAAAUUUGAUUAAUUUGAGACAGUUUUUAGCUAUGAUGACUUUGGUUACAAGUACUAUAUCAUACUUAAAGGUUCAGUAUAUGUUUUAAUACCGAAUCCAGAAAUGCUUAAAAAUUAAAAGCAAUAGCAAAACCAAGCAGAUAAAAAACAACAGUAAAUAAACGAUAGCACUUAGCAGAUACCUAUAAAAAACGGUGAAAAGCAACAAAGCAGCAGAAAGGCAUCAAUAGCUACAAGAAAACCUUCUUUAAAUUUGACAGUGUAAAUUGAGUCUAGUGAACCCUCUACACCUAGUCCUAUAAAAAAACAAUCAUUUGAUAGAAGAAAAUCUAUUAUGAAAUAAUAAACAUCGCAAUUUUAGUAAAUUGCUUAAUAGUAAUAGCAAUAGCAACUAUAAAUAGAAGAAGAUAUAAAAAUAAAAAAAAAAAACUCAAUACAAGUUAUUUAAGAUUUUUUUGAUAUAGAUGAAGAAAAUUAAAAUUAAAAUGAGGAAAACGGAUUAACAAUUUAGCAACUUGGUGCUCUUUCUUUAUUGAAAUCUAAAUCGCUCUCUCCUGUCAAAUUAAACAGAAGAACUACUUUAGGUUAACCCAAUUUAGUUUCUGGCAUCAAGAAACUGUAAAUGCUUUUGAAAAAAGGAAGUGCUAUUGAAGAAGAAGAAACCGAACCUAUAUAAGAUCCUCAAUUAACUGAAUAAUAAAUAUAAAAUACAGUGCUGCAGUAAAAUUUUGGGUUUGACAUUAUUAAGACCCUUAAAGUAGGUGAUGCAUUUGGUGAAAUUGCAUUAAUGAACAACGCUAGAAGAACAGCAAGUAUUAUUUGUAAGGAGGAGACGAUCAUGGUUACUCUAAGUAAAUAAUCAUAUGAUAAAAUUUUAUCAAACUAUCACCAAAAAAAAUUUAUGGAAAGCGUAAAUUUUUUGAAAGAAUUUUCAUUUUUUGCUAAUUGGCAGAAUAGUAAAAUCAAUGGUCUAUAUCAAAACAUGGAAAAGCGAGCAGCGUAAUAUAAAGAAAUAAUUUAUAAAGAGGGUGACAAUGCAGAUUUUGUUUAUUUCAUCAAAGAAGGAGAAUUUGAGGUUACAAAAACAUUAAAAAUUGAGUAGUCUGACUCAUCUGCUCAUGACCAAUUCAACUCUUUACUGAAAUAAGGUAAAAAUGCAGAAAAUAGAAAGGCUAAGAUUUCUGUGCUUGGAAUCGGCUCUUCUUUUGGUGAAGAGGAAAUUGUGAUGGGAACAAAGAGAGCUUGCAGUGUUUAAUGUAUAUCGUCCACAGCAGAAUUAUACAUACUUCAUAAAUCAAAAUUCAUCCAGCACAUCAAAUAUGACAAACAAAACAUAUAAAAAUUGAAGAUUGAUAUACAGAAUAGAGUAUAAUGGAGAGAAAAUUUAUAAGACAAAUUGAUAGAAACAGAUAAAAUAUUUAAAGAAAAUAAGUAGCAAAUUUAUCCAGAACCUAUAAAUAUCAAGGAUUUCAAAUUAAGAUAAUCUGAACAGGUGCUUGAUGAGGAUGAAUCAGAAGAAGAAGUUAAUAUUACAGCAACCAGUCCCCUUCAUAAAAAAAGAUAAUUCUUGAUACCUAACUAGCAAACAAAUGGAGGUUUAUCUCCUAUUAGUCCUAAUGAAAACAAAAAGUUAAGCAUUUUUAUGAAAGGUAAUCCCUAAAUAUUUCAUUAGCAUCCAAUAGAAAAAAUAAUAACACUUAAAGAGGAAAAUGCUCGAACCUUAAGGAACACACUUAAAUCUUUUUCAAAUUUAAAUAGUCCUAUAAAAACUAGUUCAAAUGAACUAGAUGCUAAAAAGUGUAAUAGUCAUGUACCCUUAAUUAAAUUCAAAAGCACAAUAUAAAAUAUAAAGUAAGCUUCUUCCUAAACUGCAGAUAACUCACCUUAGAUAGGAAAUUCUUGCCAAUCACAAUAAUUGCUUAAUUCACACGGCUAAAGAGUUUCACAAAAUGGUCAUUUUAUUUCAUCCUUAACAGAUGUUGAGCUUGAUUUUACGAAAUUAACGAUGAAUUAAACAAGAAGUCCACACAUAAAGAACUUGAUCGAUCCUUUUUAUGAGCCUUAGAGUAAAUAAUCAAAUAGAAAUCUAAAAUAAGAUAUCACUUUAGAUAAAUUCUCUCCUAAGAAAGGAUAUACAAACACAAAAUUUAUUAAUAGUAGCAGCUUACAGAUCCCCUUUUUUAAUGAAAAAAUAACAUAAUCAAUCCUAGAAACAGAAUAAGAAGAAGAGUAAAAUCAAACGAAUGCUAAAUAAAAUGAGAGAUUAAUAAAACUGCCAAAGGAUUUUUAAAAUCUUUUAAAAUAUACAACAUAGAUGUCUAACGUGAAAGAUAAGUAAUCUUUGUACAAUAUAAAUAAUUUUUAAUUUGCUAAAUCUCAGAGAUAAAGUGAGUUGGAUAGCAAUUCUUAAAAUAUGAUUAGAGUUAAUUCUCUCUAAUACUCAGGUACUUUAUCAAGUGCUACAACUCAAGAUCCUUAAAUUAGUACAUAUUAAUCUCCUCGAAAUUCUGAAAACUACAGUCUUCAGCCUCCUGUUUCAGGAAAUAGAGGCAGCUUUAAUCAUAAUUCCUUUUUGUAUAACAGUAGCAACAAUUUUAAUAAUUAUCCAACAAUCACAGCAAUCAGUUUUACAAAUUUAAACUAAGCUACAUAACAUAAUUAAAAGCUUUAGUAAAGCAUAAUUGAACCAAAUAAGUCUUUUUAUAAAGAUUAGUAAGAACUAAGUCCAAGUAUAUCUCCAAAAAAUAAUAAAAGAUUUAGAUCUCUUUAACCUCUCAAUUUUACAAAAUAGCUAACCCUUAACAAGCAUCUUAAAUAGAUUGAUUAAGUGCCAUAGUAAUCUAUAAAUAAUAACAAUACAUCAUGUUUAUCAAUAGAAAAAACCAUUAAUUAUUCAUUUAAUACUAUAACUAUAUCCCCUUAAUCAAAUAAAAUAAGGAAAAAUUUAAGUUAAAUAGUCCUACAAACACCUACAAAUAAUUCACAGACCUCUACUUUUUCAUCUUACAUUUCUAAAGAAAACAAAACAAAACUUAUUGCAUAAAAAUCACAAUUCAAUUAAAUUUAAGGAAGUCUAUUUAAAAACUUCUAAAUAAAGAAUAAUGAUAAGUCAUUUAGAUAAAAUAUCGAAACUAUGACUCCUAUUAUAUUAAGUUCAUAGGAAAGUAUAAGGUAAAAGUCAUAAAAAUAAAAAUAAAACUAAGAACUUUAAAAAAUAUCUCUAACCUAAUCGUUAAGAGUAAGUAUUGCUCCAUAAAAUUGA